UAGAUUCCGAGUUCACGACUCAACUCGCUUCUUCGACUCGACUCACUUACACAGUAACCCGGAGCCAAGCGGAAAUGUCAGACCGAAACGGAAACGGUGCUCUGCCGAAUAAGGCUGCAGCGAGCUUGGAGAAACCCGAAGGUGAUGAUGCUCCGUCCAGAAUAGAUUCCAGGAAAGCCCGAGAAAAUUCCGACGUAGACUCGGAAACCGAGAGAAAGCACAGCAAUUCGAGGAGGAUGAAAGCGCGAGAAAGCUCAGACUACUUUGAAGAUGAGAAACCACGCAGCAGGAAGAGGAAAUCAUCGCGGAGGCGCUACAGCAGCGAUUGGGAUGAUUCGGAGUUAGGUUCAGAUUCGGAGGACGAUGAGUCCGAGCGGUCUAGUUCGGAUUCUGAAUCGGAAUCUGAGAGCGAGGAAGAAAUGAGAGAGAGGAAGACGAAGGAGAGGAGGAGGAAGAGAGAGAAGGAGGAAGAAAGGAAGAAGAGGCGGAGGGAGAAGGAGAAGAAGAGGCGGAAGAAGGAGAAAGAAGAGGAGAGAAGGAAGAAAGAGAAACGGAAGGAGAAGAGGAAAGAGAAGAAGGAGAGAGGGAAGAAAGGAGCAGUCACAAAUUCAUGGGGAAAGUAUGGUGUUAUUAGAGAAACUGAUAUGUGGACCAAACGACCAGAAUUCACUGCUUGGUUGUCAGAAGUAAAGCAGGUGAAUCUGGAGCAUCUGGCUAAUUGGGAAGAAAAACAGAUGUUCAAAGCAUUCAUGGAGGAUCACAACACAGCCACAUUCCCUUCCAAAAAGUACUACAACCUUGAUGCUUACUAUAGGCGUCAAAUGGAAAAAGAGUUGAAAAAGGGUUUUAAGAAGGUCCCGGCAAAAGAACGUACUGUUUUCAAUGAUGAAGAGCAGCGCAGGCUAGAAUUGUUGCAAGCACGUGAGAAGCAUAAGGAAGAGCAAGUGAGAUCUUUGAAGCACUCUAUGGAAAGUGGAAUGGCACAGGCAAUGAAAGAGCAAGCUCAACUCAGGGAGGAGAUGGCUUACCAGUACAAGCUAGGAAACUUCGAGGCUGCCGCUGCCAUCCAGAGAAGGUUGGACCCUGAUCCUGCCAUGUAGUCGUCAGACAUAACUUACCGUGAAUUGUAGAGUUAAGUGAUUUGGUCAUGAUAUCAUGUCACCAUGGCUAAUUCAUUAUAUGCCAACUAUGUAUCUUUUGGCUUUAUAUAAGCAUACUCAACGAACGGGUCUUAUACUCUUAUUUGUUCCAUAGAUCUGUAAAAUAUUCACUGUUACUUACUCUUCUGCUACAACAUCCUAGUAUUGUAAAUCCUAGAGGUGUUGCUUUUGCAUAAGAUGAAAAGUUUUGCCUGUGUUUGAUCAUGCAAUUUCAGAA